AUGCUUUCCUCUAUUGACUACGAGUCACUCUGUGACUUCCAAGGGCUUCCUAUAGUCCGGGAAACCCUGACCAACCAAUCCAAUGGCUUCGUCAUCACGGGUAUGCCGCCUGUCACAGAUGAAGCCUUUGUAGAUUUGGAACGUGAGAUCGGGAGAUCCAAGCUGCUUAAGAAGGAUCUACCAGGUCUCGCUGAGUCGUCUUCCAGUUCUAUCUCUUCAUUAUUCGAGGUUUUACACAAGACAUCGCAACAGGUUUUCAAGAACCUCAGUCAUGCUUUAGAGCUACCUUGGGAGAGAUAUUUAGGUGAAAUGCAUGAAUUUACUGCCGAUGGACAAGAUGAGAUUAGGAUCAUAAAACCCAACCAUUCACUUCCGAAUGCCUGGUCGACACUGACACUUGUGAUCGACCAGAGCUCUCCCAGCCAAGCUGUCGUGCUUUAUGGCGCUGCUUUAGCGGUUUUCUCCGAAGGGAAUACCGCCAUAUCGAACAACCCCAUCAUCGUUAAUUCUCUCCUGUUAAAGACAUACACAUGCGACUCAGGGGAUCGCUUGGUCUACUAUGUGCGUCCGAACGAUGGUGUAUUCUACACACGCACAGCCGGCGCACUCAUGACACCACUGAGUGGUGAGGAACACGCUAGCAGGAAGCGCGUUCGCGAGAUUACGUCCGUCGCUUGA